UGCCCACGUCGAGCUUUCUUAGCAUCACUUAUCCUUGCGUCGAAGUUCACGCAAGAUAAGUGUUACUCUAAUAGAGCGUGGGCCAAGCUAUCUGGCCUUCCACCAAGAGAAAUCGGUCGUUGCGAGCGUGCUCUCGGUGAUGCGUUAGAUUGGCGUCUCUGGGUG